UUUUCAGAUACAAUGUCUGCUCCCGGCGGCUUCCCUGCCCCGUCGGCACCACCUUCUUACGAGGAGACAGUAGGCAUCAACGUUAACUACCCUCACCCCUAUCCUGCCCCCGGACCUGGACCAAGGCUGAAUGCCAAGGGAACGAACCCUCCUCCGUACUUCGUAGAGCCCGGGCCAGCACCCAGCCCUGUUACAGUUCAGACCGUGUACGUGCAGCAACCAGUAGUAUUUUAUGACCGCCCAGUUCAGAUGUGCUGCCCGUCCUGUAACAACAUGAUAGUGACACAUCUGACGUACACCUCGGGAGCGCUGGCUUGGCUCUCGUGUGGGGGCCUCUGCCUGCUGGGGUGUAUAGCUGGCUGCUGCUUAAUUCCCUUCUGUAUGGAUGCCCUCCGGGAUGUGGAUCACUACUGUCCAAACUGCAAAGCUUUAGUUGGUUCUUACAAGCGUUUGUAGGAUUGAUGAAGAUGAUUGCUGAGUUUAUUAGCACCUCUUGUAAGCCUUUUCUGAAACCUCAUGGAGACUUCUGGUUAUUUCUCUGCCUCCUGUCACUGAAAUCAAUCAAUCAAUCAAAAAAAAAAAAAAAGUGUAUUGCUAGAUGUUUGAAUAAGAAUUUGCUUAAGGGGUGUUGACUUGGGUCUAUAAAAAGGAUAUGCAAUUUUUAUGGACCACUUAGUGCAGCAGCAGUUGUAGCUGCCUGAUACUGUCCCUCUCUGCUUUGUGCAAAAGAAAUUGAUGACUCUGGUGCAGUUAAURUCAGUCACACUGGUUUGCUGCUCCUAGCACAGACCAAGAGGACAACCUCCAUGGAGAGGCUGAGGUCUCAGGCUCAGUGGUGCUGCCUUUAACUGGCAGGGUGUCACUCACCACUGGGACAGGCACCCACCUUGUUGCACAAGAAGCAAUUUGGUCCCAGGGUUAUCAUUUGAGCACCUUUUCUGAGCACUAAAACUUACUUUAAAASUUUCUCAGUGAAAGAGAACCAGGCCCUGAGGUUUAUUCCUUCCUGAAGGCUGCUUUACCAAAUAGUCAACUCAGGUUAUCAUGCCAGUUGUUUCCAUCCAGUAUCUAAAUUUCCGUGCCAGUUCUGAGUGUAUAUUUCCUGUGUAGUAAAAAUGUUCAUAUGGGAGUUUUUUAUAGAUUAUAUUUUCAUUUUUUUUUUCUUUUUUACUACUGAUUUCUAAGUCCGAAAAUUUCCCAUCUUCCUCCAGCUCAAGGGAAAUUCUGAUAGUGUUGAAAGGYUCAUUUUACAUGUGCACAAGUAAAUUGUUAAAUUAUAAGGAAACCUCAGCCUUUUCUUAAGGCUAGAAUUUCACUUGGAAAACAUGACUAUGAGAAAUAAUGCUUUUACUUGUUGWUCUGUUUGCUAAUUGGUAUUUCUUCGUUAAGAAGGUAGUAUGUUAGAAUUUCUCUGAUGAUUAUUUGGACUUGUACUCUGGUUUUUCUCAAUGAAAGAUAAGUUCUGCUUUCUGAAACUUAACUUGGAUAUACUAAUUUAAGGUUGAUCACAGAAAUUAAGGACUGGAGGCUGAAGUAUUUUACCAUGUCAUAUAACAGUGAGCCAGAUCAAAGACUGUCUUAAUACACAGAAUAAUACUUGCCUGGAAAAGGCGGUUAGCCAUUUCAACAGGCAAUGAUUCUGRCACUGUAUUCAUUUGUAAAAUAAGCAUAAAUAAAUAAACAUUGCAUUUAUUGUUUUUGCUAAACGUGCCUUCUAUGUGGGUUUAGUCCAAGUUAAUUUUUGUAAGGGCUUUCAUCGCUCAGUUUGAAACUCAGGACUUCCUUGGAUCACAAAUACACCCUUUCAGAGCACAUGUUGUUGUUUAAUUGCCCUAAMCUGCUGCUCUUUGUGGGUCAGUUUGCAAGGGAGCUGCUGUGUGCCUUUUGAAGAAGUUUCUGAUCUGGUAUUUCCCUGAAGCACAAAGAACUGACAUUAACAGCUACUAACUGGCAAGUGAAUAACGGAGGUGAAAGGCUGGUGCUGUCCCACAGCUCAUUGCCAGAGCAGGACAGAAAGACAAACCGAAGCACGCAGCGUUUCUGAGCUGGUCCUUGCAGGCGAAGACUCCAGGCUCGCUCUGCAGCUGUGUCAGGCUGUUCUGGACAGCACUACCUCCCGUCCACGGCGUGAAGACAUCUCCAAACUUCCUUUAUUCCCUUAGCUCCCCUGUUCUUUACAAAGCGAUGCAUGGAAAAUCUGAAGUGAUAGCUCCACAGCGCAGAAAGAAUAUUGACAGGGGAAAUAAACCCACAAAAUUAUUUGCUUUUUGUUUUAUGGGCACAGUCUGUUGCAUCUC